AUGCUGUGGUAUUCGUACGAGGUAUUGCCAUGGGUCCCGACAACGGCUGAUUGGUGUUCAGAGGUCGCUGCACUGGAUGAGCGCGAGCCAUGGCGCAACUGUUGGAUCGACGUUCCCAGCGAGCACCCAUUCAACACUGCCUACGUGCCGUGCAACGCCAACGCUGAGCUGUUCGUGCCCUGCGGUCUGAUCGAGGAGGAGGUCGGCCGAGCAGUCGUUGUGGAUGAGGAACUAGCAGCUACGGAUAUUUCUCCAUCAUGA